ACAUUAAUACACACACUUUAAAGUGAUUGAGAUCUGUAUACAAUUGAAUUCGGCGAGAUAGGCAGAUAGCUCAGUAAUUAAUGGAGGAAGAGAGCUCAGUAAAACUACAUGGAAUGUGGGCAAGUCCUUAUGUUUUGAGAGUCAAACUUGCCCUUAUUAUUAAGGGCAUAGAUUUUGACUACAUAGAAGAGGAUUUACAAAACAAAAGUGAGUUGCUCUUACAAUAUAAUCCUGUGCACAAGAGAGUGCCUGUUCUUGUGCACAAUGGCCUAUCCAUUGCGGAAUCAACAAUCAUCCUCGAGUAUAUUGACGAGACUUGGCCUGAUCUUCCGCAUCUCCUCCCUAAGGAUCCCUACCUUAGGGCUAAACAUCGCUUUUGGGCCGCAUUUAUACAACAGGCAACAGAGAUAUUAGGCAAAGGGUUAAUAACAAAAGUACAGGGUAAACCAACAGAGGACACAAUGAACGAGUAUUGGAAGAAGUUGGAUACGAUUGAAGAAUUUAUCAAGGCCGAGUUAUUCCCAAAUGGCUGUCCAUCUUUCCAAGAAGUGAAACCUGGAUACUUGGAUAUAGUGUUGUAUUCUCACUUAGGAACUCUCGACGUUGUCGAAGAGUUCCUUGGCUAUAAGCAGUUCACUGCUGAAAGGUACCUGCUCUUGGUGAGUUGGACCAAGGCAUUGAGUGAAGUUCCUGAAGUUAAUGACGCGACACCAUCAAAGCCUGAGCUCAUUGAGCUUCUUCAUGUUAUGCAGCAGAAGAACCUCCCACUGAAGGCAUAGAGAUGAUCAUACUGUAUUUUCCGACGGUUUAAUGUGGCUGUCAAAAGCAAGUUAUUAGUAUUCCCAUGUUUUCUUUAUGGGCUCAUUUUCAGAUUGAUUAAAUGUAUCCCCUCAUAUUAGUAAUGUACUAGUCUGUAAUCAGUAUGUUAUCAUAUUGUUGAAAAAUAGACUUUUCAAGUAUCACUAUAUGUAAGUGUCCCACAUUAGUAGAAGAAGAGAGAGUUGAUCAUUUUAUAAGGCUAAGAUGCUUCUUCUCCUAUUAUCAUACGUAUUAUAAUUUUGAAAUAGAAUCUCCUUUGAAAUGGACUUUUUUUUUUUGAAUUGCGGGUACGAUCUAGAUCCGUAUCUAUUACGGAGUACAUUUCAAUUAUUGAACCUACAUACAUUAAAAUUAUGGAACCUCUUUUGAAAUGGAGUCUUCGUUAAUAUAUUUGGAGUCAAUUUGUCACCAUGGUACAUCAAAUUUGUAAUGGGCCUAUGUACUUUGGAAUUGGGAGUGUUAAUUUUCCAAAAGUUCAAUAA